GCUCCCUUCCCCUACCUGAGUCUCGUUUUUCUCUCUCUGAGAGAUCAGAGCAACCCAGAGGCACUCACACAAAUUAAAAAACCUUUGCUGCUGCUUCUUCUUCUUCAUCAACAAACAAUGGCUUUCAUGGGUCACAACACUCUCGCUUUUGUCUUUGGCAUUCUUGGGAACAUUGUUUCAUUCAUGGUGUUCUUGGCUCCUCUGCCUACGUUUUACACGAUAUACAAGAAGAAAUCGACGGAGGGAUUCCAGUCACUGCCGUACUUGGUGGCGCUCUUCAGUUCGAUGCUGUGGCUGUACUAUGCCUUCAUCAAGACCGGCGAAAUGCUGCUCAUCACCAUCAACUCAUUUGGAUGCGUCAUGGAAAUCAUCUACAUCACCAUGUACCUCAUUUAUGCCACAAGAGAUGCCAAGAGGUUAACCAUCAAACUAUUCGGAGCCAUAAACGUUGGGGCGUUCUGUUUGAUCGCGGUGGUGACCCAGUUUGCGGUGCACGAUUCCCUUCGCGUUCAGGUGCUGGGCUGGAUUUGUGUCUCCGUCGCAGUCAGCGUUUUUGCAGCCCCUCUCAGCAUCAUGGCACAGGUGAUUAGAACAAAGAGCGUGGAAUAUAUGCCAUUCAACCUCUCAUUUUUCCUCACUUUGAGUGCUGUUCUGUGGUUUGCUUACGGACUCUUCCUGAGGGAUAUAUGCAUUGCUCUGCCAAAUGUGUUGGGAUUCGGAUUGGGUGUGAUCCAGAUGGUGCUGUACGCGAUAUAUAGGAACGGAGGGAAGAAGGGAUCGGGAGAUGAGAAGGAGGAGAAGGCGGCGGCGGUGGAGGCGACGGCGAUGAAGAGCGUGGUGGUGGUGGGGGGUAAUGAUCAGGUGUUCCCACAACCGCAGGAAGCGAAACAAGAGACCAAGGAGGAGAAGGCGCAGGAGGAGGAAGACGACUGCCCUGUGUGAGGCUGACGAUGG